GUCUUUGAGAAAGCGCGUGCCAUCCCGAUCCGCAGGAGCCGUGUAACCAGAUCCAUAUCGUGAAUACAAAUUUUGAAACGUCCAAAGGGAUUUCGUAUAACCGAGAGGAUCGAUUUUAACGGACAAAGAGAAAUUCGACGCGGAGAUUAUAAGAGAUCAUCUGUUAACGUCAAUUGAGACAACCCGAGAACCGUCUACCAUUAUGAAAGGGGUACCGACAACAGCAGCGAUGCUGAUGCUCGCCGUUACGAUUUUUGGAGUCGCCCGAGGACUUCCUCUGGCGGCGCCAUCCCCCGAAGACGCACAUCCCGUUAUACCGUUGGGACAGGGACCGGCUAGCCCUGAAACAUCGGCGGAUACGGCGACUCUGAUAAACGCCGACGAGAGCAAAGACCCCAAGAAGUUGGACGACGGUGUCGCGGAUGUCACGCAAAAGGCCACCUACACGGCUGAGAAGAUACCAGAAAUCGCCGUCGCCAGUCCCGAGGAGAUCCCUAAGGAACGAACCGUCAUCGGCUCGGACCCCAUCGUACAAGCGGAGGCUGAACCGAAGAUAGAAGAUCAACCGCAGGCACGGAAGGACGAGAACAAGGUGAGCGACGACAUCGUCAUUCCAGCGUCGGCGGAAAUCUCACAACCGGAAGAGCCGAAGGAGAGCAUCGCGGUGAAAGAGAUAACUCUGAUAAAGGAGGAACCAGCCCCGGUCGCGAGGUCUGAGGAAUCGGUUAAUGUAAAUGAGAAGGAACCUGCGCCGGUGAAUGCUGAAGAAGAAAAGCUCAAGAUAGAUGAGGUCAAGGACGCGAAGGCUAUAGCCGAAGUUGCACAUGAAGUAGAGCAGACGGAGAAAGAGGCAUUGAAGGAGCGAACAAUCAUUGCCGACGUGAUACCCGAACAAGCGGAGCACCACUCAGCGAAUAUUCAGGAGCCUGUUUCGAUUGCAGAGCACAUAAAUCGCGAUGGCAAACUCAGCGAGGAAAACAAAGAACCGAAAGAGCUGGAGGAAGUAGCCGUCACUAGUUCGCAAACGGAGGCAAAAACAGCAGAUGAGGCAGUUGCCCCGGCUGCCAAAGAUAAUGAAAGUAAACCGGAGGAUAUCUCUCUCAAGGUAAUUCAGUUUUCAGAAACAAAGGAACAAGCCGAGACAUCGCCGAUUGCAAGCUCCAAAAUUGAGGAAUCUAAGGUAGCAGGACAAGAAAAUCCCGUGGCAGGUUUGGCCAGUGAAACUGCAGAGAGGUCAAGGACGGUAAGUGAGUCAGGGGUGGAAGCAAAAGCGGAGGAGGCGAUCGAAGAGUUGAGCGCAACAAAGGGAGAAGAAACUGCGAAGGAAAUCGCGCUCCCCGCAGAAGCGACCGAGGUGAAGGAGAAGGAAGAAGAAAUUGAAAAAGAGGAAGAGAAAUUGAUCAAGGAAGAGGUUGCCGAGGUCGCUAAGGAUCCGACCGUGCAUGAGACGCUGCCGGAGGCAGUGAAGCUGGAGGGUGAGAAGCCAAUAGUUGCGCCGGAAACGUCAAAAGAAUCAAGUGAAGAAUCAAGUGAAGAGACAAGCGAGGAAGAGAAGAGCAACGCGGACAAAACUGGUGUUACAAAGUCCGAAGAAGAUUGGAGUCAGGAGAAGAGUCAGGAGAAGAGCGAGCAGGGUUCGAAGAAGAUCUCUUAAAAGGGACAGUUGUUCGCGAGUGAUAGAAUUAUGCCAGAGGAACAGGAUAGGUUGCGAAAAAAGGAGAGGAACAUAACAGAGAAGAUAUGUUACGCAAAAGUAUAUGAAAGAAAGCAGGGAAGAGAAUAGAAUAAUAAUAGAAUAGAAUAAUGGAUUAUAUUAUUAUAUCAUCCUAGAACGAGUGAUAGAGAGUGAGAGUCAGUGUGACAGUGAGAGUGAGAGGUAGAUAAAGGGAGAGGAAGGGAGGGCACCGUGCUUCCGCAAAACGCGUGUUCCUCGAUUGCCACCGCUAUGGCACUACAAGCUGCCAGAAUCAAAGAUUCGAUUAAAUUCCCUAAUGCAUCAUUAAACUUGAAGUAGGUGUUACCUAUAUCGGCUGCACCUAGAUACCUGCCCCAGUUGACCGUUACUUACCACUUCACCUGCACUCUAAACAACUAGAGUGUAGACGUCAUAACAUCAUUUAUUCUACUAUUAUACCAUCAUUACCAGCAUUUAUCUUUGGUGUCAUUUAUACAUCGUAGUAUAGUCAUGGCAUAGGACUGCACCGAGGAGCCUUUCGAUUAUUUGAACCACUUCUCUAUUACUAGCAUUGAUCUUAUCAUUACAAUUAUUUGCUCGCCUUUCCGGUACACGCGUUUAGCGCCCAUUAUGAUUAUUAUUUUAUUAUUAUUAUCACUAUUAAUAUUAUUAUUAUUAAUAAAAUUAUUAUUAUCAUUA